AGAUAAUGCCCGCCUCGUCACCAAUUCUCGCCACGUCACUUCCGCAAAAACAGCUUACAACUUCCUCACCCGCCGGUGGAUUCCGCCUCCCGCCGCCCGAGAAACUCGCAAUUCUCCUCGACAGAUCAGAAUCAGUGGACUUGGUGCAGCAAAUCCACGCGGCUAUCCUCCGUCAUAACCUCUACCUCCAUCCUUACCACCCUGUCUUAAACCUCAAGCUCCACCGCGCAUACGCUUCCCACGACAAAAUCCGCCACUCGUUGUCUCUGUUACACACUACGAUCGAUCCUGACUUGUUCCUGUUCACCGCAGCGAUCAACACUGCCUCCACUAACGGUCUCCGUGACCAAGCUUUCCGUCUCUAUCUUCAAUUGUUAUCUUCCCGAAUUGUCCCUAACGAGUUUACUCUCUCGUCGAUUUUGAAAUCAUGCUCAGCUCGGUCUGUAAAACUGAUCCAUACACAUGUCAUCAAGUUCGGAUUGGGGUUAGAUCCUUACGUGGCGACUGGUCUCGUCGAUGUUUACGCGUUAGGAGGAGAUUUGGUAUCUGCGCGGAAGGUGUUCGAUAGAAUGCCUGAGAGAAGAAGCAUUGUUUCUUGCACUGCUAUGCUCACCUGCUACGCGAAGCAAGGAGACGUUGAAGCUGCGAGGGCUUUGUUCGAAAGCAUGCUUGACAGUGAUAGAGACAUUGUUUCUUGGAACGUGAUGAUUGAUGCAUACGGUCAACACGGGUUUCCCAGUGAAGCUCUGAUGCUUUUCCGGGAACUGUUGGCCGAAGGAAAGCCAAAACCUGAUGAGAUAACGGCCGUGGCUACUCUCUCGGCUUGUUCGCAGAUCGGCGCGCUUGAAUCGGGGCGUUGGAUUCAUGUUUUGAUCGAGAGAAGUGGCAUAAGGGUUAAUGUUAAAGUGUGCACGGCUUUGAUUGAUAUGUAUAGCAAAUGUGGGAGCUUGGAAGAGGCUGUUUCAGUGUUUAAUGAUACUACGAGGAAGGAUAUCGUGGCGUGGAACGCGAUGAUUGCUGGCUACGCGAUGCACGGGUAUAGUCAAGAGGCGUUGAGAUUGUUUGAUGAGAUGCAGGGAACCGUAGGGUUGCAGCCAACGGAUAUAACUUUCAUUGGAACACUACAGGCUUGUGCUCAUGCUGGUUUGGUAGAGGAAGGUGUAAGAAUGUUUGAGUCAAUGGGACAAGUGUAUGGUAUUAAACCCAAGAUUGAACAUUACGGAUGUUUGGUCAGUCUCCUUGGUCGCGCUGGUAGGUUAAAGCAGGCUUAUGAGAUCAUAAAGAACAUGGAAAUCGAGGCCGAUUCUGUUAUAUGGAGUUCUCUUCUUGGAAGCUGUAAACUUCAUGGAGAUUUUGGGCUAGGGAAAGAAAUUGCAGAGUAUCUCAUUGGAAGGAACAUCACAAACUCAGGAACUUAUGUUCUUCUUUCGAAUAUAUAUGCAUCGGUGGGUGAUUACGAAGGGGUGGCGAAAGUGAGGAGUUUGAUGAAGGAGAAAACGAUAGUGAAAGAGCCAGGAGUAAGCACGAUAGAAAUCGAUGGUAGAGUUCAUGAAUUUAGAGCUGGAGAUGGAAAUCAUUUGCAAAGCGAGGAGAUUUACACAAUGGUGAGAAAGAUGAGCGAGUGGAUCAAGUCUAGUGGUUACGUGCCAGAUACAAACGUGGUCUUGCAAGAUCUCGAGAAGUCAGAGAAAGAGGAGUCUCUAGAAGUACACAGUGAGAGGCUAGCCAUUGCGUAUGGUCUGAUCAGUACCAAACCAGGAAGCCCCUUGAGGAUAUUCAAGAACCUGCGAGUGUGUUCGGAUUGUCAUACGGUGACGAAACUGAUAUCGAAGAUCACAGGGAGGAAAAUUGUCAUGAGAGAUCGGAAUAGGUUCCAUCAUUUCGUGGAUGGUUCUUGUUCUUGUGGCGAUUUCUGGUAAAACCAAACUCUACGUAAUUGUGAGUUGUACAUGAAAAGGAGUCCAUGUUGUCUUAAUGUAUCUGCCAUUUUGUCUCAAUGUCUCUAACGUAAGUAGAUGAAGCCGAACAAUCUCCAAAGACCGUCAAAAAUGAUCUUGGUGUCGCAUCAUAUUUGAAAGAUAUUGUCACUCUGUCCUCGUAAAGGUCUGCAUUCUCGUAUAUGUGUAUGUUAACUGAGCAGUGGUGAAUGAGGUUGACAGAUUAGCUAGACAACUUAGUCUUAGAUAGAAAAGAGUGAGAUUUUAUUCAGAACAGAAGUCGCAUUUUACAGUAGAGGCGCAGUGGUCAUUCUAAGUUCUCAAGCAUCAGCCUUCCUUGGCCUUCCAUAGCUAGCUGGGCCACUGCUGUGUGUCAAAGUGGUCUCGAGCGUGUUGAACUUGACCCUUCUUGCUUCUUCGAGUGAGAUCUGGUACCCAUUGGAUAUGACCUCUAGUGGUAAACCUCUCAUGACCGAGGUUCGUCCAGCAAGUGUGUUGAUCUGUGCGUUUGCGUUUGUCUUGAACUCGAUCCACCGGAACUGAUCGCUUGUUGCGCGUUUCACCACGGAGAAACCUUGUGGUAUGGCAAGUAGCUGUCCCUGAGAGACUUGUCCGUCGAACACUCUGUCACCGUUGUCGUUUACUACCUGCACUUGGGCUUCCCCGUCUGUCACGUAGAGAACCGCGUUUGCGUUUGCGUUCCACUGGGGAAGCACCAUUGUGUUCUACAUCCAAUACAUGUUUCAAUAGUCAUGUUUUCUGUUUAAAAGUAGAAAAUUGACAUAUUAUAGCGAACCGGAAACAUAAACUAACCAAAAUGUUCCAUUUGUGGGUAGGUAGAAUUCGUGGAAGUUAUUGGUUUUUUUUUUUCUAAUGGAUUUGAAAAUCCCAAUUAAUCAAUUGUUAUUAGUUCUAUGAUUUUGAAAUUCAAAUCAAAAUCAUGUGUUU